CAGCCUCACAAGUCAGCCCUGCCAGCUGCCAGCUCCACGGAAAGAUGCGCACACACGAACCUCACCUUUGGCGGAAACCAAAGAGAUGCAUGCGCAUUUCCUUCCGGUCUCCACCACAACCUUAAGUGGCGACUGACGGAACUUGCCAUUACAUCAAGAUUAAGUGCUACUCCGCUCGCUUAUAAUCAUGGACGACCUCCUUCCCUCCUACGAAAGUGUAAUGCGACGCGAUCCUUGGGUGCUCAUCGCUCCCUAUUUGCCUUCGCAGGACCUCUGCUCAGCAGCUCUGGUUAACCGGCGAUGGCACCAGACCUUCACACCGAACCUUUGGGGCAGCCCAGCUUCGCACUUUGGGGUCCAGAAUGAUACUGUUUAUGUGGCACUCACACGAUUCAAGCGUACAUUACCAUAUGCGCGAGCCUCUGUACGAGAGCUCACACAUACUCUACGUUUUCCACCGGCUCAUGCAGAGCUGUAUGAUGGGCCACACGCAGAAUGGCUUCGAGAUUGUUUGGAACACCUGCCUCGCCUCCAGUGCCUAAUUGUGGACGGCCUGCCCUUCUUCGAUCACGCGUGCCUCCUGAGCCUGCGACACUCAAGCCUACAAUGGAGAUUGACUCGUCCCAACGCGUUUCCGGUGUUCAGCUUACGCCUGCUAGACGCUUCCAGUUGUACGAACGCUACGUCAAUGGGCCUCGCAGAAGCACUACCGCACUUUCCUGAUCUUGUCUCGUUGGACCUAUCAAAGACUGCGGCUGCAAGGGACAAUGCAGUCCUUUCGACCUUCAAAUACCUCAGGAAUUUGCGUGUGCUGAAUCUUCGUGGGAUUGGCAUCAAGGAUGAGGAUUUCUCGGUAGUUGCGCAUGCAAUCAAUAACCGCGUCAGGAGCCUUGACAUCAGCAACAACCUUUUGACGGACACUAGCGUGCGACUCCUUCUUGAACUUUGCCUGAAAGAGAGGGUCGUCGUGACCCAUACUUCACGUGGACCACUGGCACCUGUCGAGAACGCGAAUCCCCCCGAUGAACCAGAGACUUUCGAGUCUGAAAACCUCGUGGGCCACCUUCGUAAGAAGCUUACUGGCGGCUUCAUUGGUAGCUUGAGCAUUGAGGAGACGAGCGAUGUCGGAAUAUCGCACUUGUACCUCUCGAGUAACGCAAUAACUGUCGAAGGUAUAUCGGCUUUGCUACUGUCAAGACGCCUGCAAGUCCUAGAUGUGGGUAUACUACCCGCUGUAGUGACGCAUCCUUCUACCCUCUCGCUCGAAACACCGAAUGAUGACUUGGAACUACCUAGCGUAUCGAAGCUUACUCCAGUACUUGCUGAGUAUGCUUCAUCUAGACUUCGAUACCUGCGGAUCAACUACGAGUUGGUCACAGAAGACGCGCCUUUUGAAACGCCCAAUUCGCCACGAGCGGAACUCGCUGGGGACCUUGGUGUCUACAAACCUUCAGAUGCGCAUGAGAUCGAAGCUGUAGAGCCACCAACGCCUGAACUCGAUUCCAUCCCAAUAGCUGUACACGAGGUUCCAGGGGACUCAUCACAUCCGGUUGAGCUUCCCGGCUCGCCUGUAACGCCUCAACAUGCUGAAAACGACAGGCCGGAAUCAGAACUUGCCCAUGGUGAAACGCGAAACGCAAACGUUCCCAAAAUAUGCGUUACUCCGCAAUCACUACAAAUCAACAGAGAUCCUGCCUGCGCUCCGGAAGCCAUACAUGUAGACUCACCAUUGAGUCCUCUGAGCCCACUGGGAAACGGGACCUACCGGCCUAACGCAGCUGCAAAUAGGUAUGAUCUAGGAGAACAUCUCUCAUCAUCUACGUCGACCCACGGCAGCAGUACACUGGAUCAAGCGAUCCCAAAAACUACGAAGAGGUCACGAGGCAACUCGUUUUACUACAUCGAAGACAGAAAAGUCCGGCUGGACUUUCGCCAAGCAAGUGAACCUCGACUACAUCCUGGGAUGCUUCCAAAGCUUCACACCCUUGUUUUGACGGAUGUUCCGAUCAUGACCAGCAACAGGGAAAUCAUUCAUCGGAUCAUACGCUUUAUCAGGGAUGCAGCUGAGGAAGCUUCAAUCGCUAAACAGCGGGCCAGGCAUACCUAUGUACUACCACCAGGACGUAGGCGUGCAAUCGCAGAAGAAGAGUACGCACGAAACCAGUUUGCCCUUCGGAGAGUAGUACUUGAAAUGGCGGCCCCGCAGUCAGCGCCUAAGAAAAUUUCCAGUAGCUGGCGGGCUUAUCCAACAAAGUCGACCACUGAAGAUGCGGACUCGGAAGCAUUUUGGGAGGCAGCAACGCAUGAUUUCUCGUUCUUCGAUGACGAAGAAUGCGGACAGCCUGGUCGUGAGCCAGGCCUCACCCUGCCCUUGGCGGCUAUGAGUGGGUUAGAGCUUGCGCCGAGCCAUCGCGUUCCAUCUGAGGAGCCUCGCAAGGCUACUCUCGAUACUGAUCCGUUGGUUGAUGUGGUAGCAGAGAUUGGAAAGUUUCGAAGAGAGAGGAAAGCCGCAUACAGCAAUUUGGUAGAGAUGAGCGAGAUUGAACCGGAUGUAGAAGGGUAUUGGCCUGGCGACAUUACUGUUCUGAGAAAGCCGGUAGAUGCCGAAGCUGGGGAACUCGAUUGUUACGGUAAUCGGUAUGAACUUGGUUGGUUUUACCGUUGAACGUGAUAGCGUGGCGUGGCGCAGCUUUAGCACAGGGCAACGCUUUUACGUUCCCAGUCCACUUGCUGGGCUGAUUGGCCAUUAUAGCACAUGUCUGAGUGUGAAAGAGAUAAUUUUCAGCAUUAUUGCAAGUAUUCAGUCCUUCAGGGCGGAUAACCAAUUACCGAUAAGAUUACUCACCGGUUUCGUGACCGGUUCCAAGGGUUGCAGUGGGCUGACCCCGCGCACAAUGACACCCUCA